UUCUUUCUUUUUCUUCUAAACAGCAGUUCUGUGGUGUUCUUGGUCACACAUUUAUGGAGUUUCUGAAGGGCAGUGGAGAUUACUGCCAGGCACAGCACGACCUCUAUGCAGACAAGUGAACUGUAGAGAUUCAUUACUACUCCACCAAGAAGCCCCCAUAAGAGUGGAUAACCUGGACACAGACGUGUUGAAUUGAAACCUGCAGAGCAUUUUACAAGAGCUCAGACCUGGAUGGGGUAAACCUCAGUGCACUUCCUUUGUAUUGCCUCAGUAUUACUGGAUUGAAGAAUCAUUGCUUCUUGUUAGGAGGUUCAUUUCAUUGCUCAUUUCUCCCAAUUUCAUACUCAAAGCACUGAGAAUUUCAAGUGGAGUAUAUUGAAUAUUGAAGUAGACUUCAGGUUGUUUUUUUGUUUUUGAUUUUUUUUUUGCAUCAUUUCUGUAUUCAAUUUUUUAAUUCUUUCAUAACCCUAUUGGGUGUUUUUUAAAAACUAACUUAACAUGGCUCGAAUGAACCGCCCUGCUCCUGUGGAAGUCACAUACAAGAACAUGAGAUUCCUUAUUACACACAAUCCAACCAAUGCGACCUUAAACAAAUUUAUAGAGGAACUUAAGAAGUAUGGAGUUACCACAAUAGUAAGAGUAUGUGAAGCAACUUACGACACUACUCUUGUGGAGAAAGAAGGCAUUCGUGUUCUUGACUGGCCUUUUGAUGAUGGUGCACCACCAUCCAACCAGAUUGUAGAUGACUGGUUAAGUCUUGUAAAGAUUAAGUUUCGUGAAGAACCUGGCUGCUGUAUUGCUGUCCAUUGUGUUGCAGGCCUUGGCAGAGCUCCAGUGCUUGUUGCCCUAGCAUUAAUUGAAGGUGGAAUGAAGUAUGAAGAUGCAGUACAGUUCAUAAGACAAAAGCGGCGUGGAGCUUUUAACAGCAAGCAACUUUUGUAUCUGGAGAAGUACCGUCCUAAGAUGCGGCUGCGCUUCAAGGAUUCCAAUGGUCAUAGAAACAACUGUUGUAUUCAAUAAAACUGGGGUGCCUGAUGCCAUCGCCUUGGGAGUGGAACUCAGAUGGGACCUGAUUUGACAUACAUAAUUAGCCAACAUGUCGGCUUAUUGAAUAAGUCUACUGAAGCUUCUACAGUAAUAUUGAAAACCUGUUUUACCAGGCCACAAGCUUGACAGAAUUGAAACCUCUAUAUUUAAGUUAUGAUCAACCCGUUUGGACACUUAGCAAAAGAUCUUUGCUGGUCAGCAUUUAAAAUGUGCUUAUUAUUUGUACCAAUUGACCUUUCCUAAAAUAUGGUAUUGAGUUAUGUCUUUAAAUGUACUCCUGUGCCAGAGUCUUAUUAGUGAAUAAGGAAUUUAGAAUGAUUAGGUGCCAAAAUACCCAGCACAAUAUCUAUAUAUUUUUAGCAUCAUACAGAACCAAAAUUCCAGGAACUAAGAACACUCUAGACCUUCCAUGGUUUAUUCCUUCAGUCAUUUCAAACACUGCAGUGUUGUUGUUGUUAUCUGCCUGCUCACUCUAUGUUUACAUCUCCCACACUCAUACCAGUAUACAUCAGGUUUGCUUAGCCAUCGAUUUUGGGAUUUUUGUUUUUUUGUUUUUGUUUUUGUUUUUUUGAAGCAAGUCUUGUGAGGAUUAUUUAAUGUCUUUAUAUUAUUUUGUGCUGUUAUGGGAAACCUCCAUUUGAAAAUCAACUUUGUUACAGAAGCACAUAUCUUCAAUAAUGUCUCCAGACAAAAAGCCUUAUAGUUAAUUUAAUGUUUGCACUCAAAGGUGCGACUUAAACAGGGAGGGCCUGAUAAAAGAAUGGGAGGAGGCUAUUAAAUAUUUUUAGUAAAAUGUUGCCUUUGUCUUGUGCAGAACAUGUAGAAUAUGCUCUUUAAUUUAGUAAAUAUUUUUAAAAGGUAGAGAUACAUUGUUGUAGCUAACCAAUUCUUAAUCAAAAUUUCUGAAAUUCUUGUUUUUUUCCAUACCUAUCAGAAGUUGUUUUUCAACUUGCUUGAAUUAUGGUUUUCCCCUUCUCUUCCCAACCUCGCAAAAAAAAAAGAAAAAAAGAAAAAGAAGACGUGGGAUCUGCUGACAAACUGAGCAGACAUAUUUUAUAUGCCUUUUCAGCUAUGUAACUUAAUAAUUGGAUACUUGAUCAUUUGUUUUAUUAUGUAAUCGAUAAAAUGGUGAUGUGUAUUAAUGUUAGUUCAACCAUAUAUUUAUACUGUCUGGGAAUGUGUGGUUAUAGUUCUGUGGGAGAAAUAAUUUGUCAGUGUUCACCAGCUUGUAAAAACUUAGUGCAAGAGCUUCAACAUCUAAAUAAAGAAUGAAAUGCGUUUGUCACUGAGGUUAUUUUGCUUAAAAUUAACUUAUUUUGUAGAAAACAAUGGAUUCAGUUAUUUCAACUUAUGAACAAAUUUGUUAGGGUUAUGAGCACUGUUGAAUACCAAGUGCUUUUUAUUGUAAAUUUUGCUCUUUUAAGAACCAGUUGAAUGUUGCGUACUGAGGGAAAACAGUUUGUAAUAGAUGGUGACCUUGAUUUUUAAAACUCAGUUCCAUCAGUCAUUAGCAGUUUUGUGCGGUUUCUGAUCCAGUUUUCUCAUUUUUAAGUUAAUUACAUGCCUGUAUAUAUUUUGAAAUUAAUUUGAACCUGAGUAUUUGGCACAUGGCUUAAUAAAUUUUAACUUUCAAUAAUC